UUCUCGCUUACAUCCCCACGGAGGCUGUCUGCGUAGAUAUAGUCGUCGCUACGGCGAUCCCGCCGCGGUCCUUUGACCUCACCCCGACUACCUCCCUUGCCACUAACUCAACAAGAACAGAGUAGAUAUGACUAUCAGGCCAGAUGUCACCCCUGAGUCGCCCGUGGACGAGCAGCCCGCGAUCGGCCUCAUUGGCAUGGGUGCCAUGGGCAACAUGUACGCGCGGCUCCUCUCCCAAGCAGGAUGGAAAAAGAUCUAUAUCUGCGACUUGCCCUCCAAAUAUGAGGCUCUAAAGGCGAAAUAUGAAGGCAUCUCGGGCAUCCAUGUACUCAAGGAUGGCCACCUCGUUUCCCGAGUUGCAGAUUGGAUCAUGUACUCGGUCGAGGCUGAGUACAUCGACAAAGUGGUGGCGCAAUACGGGCCAUCUACCAAGAUGGGAGCCAUCGUGGCAGGGCAGACAUCCGUGAAGGCGCCUGAGAAAGCAGCAUUCGAGAAAUAUCUUCCUGAAGAUGUGGAAAUCGUCUCAUGCCAUUCCUUGCACGGGCCGACGGUCUCACCCGUGGGACAGCCUCUGGUCCUAAUCAAGCACCGUGCAACGGACGACUCCCUGCGACUAGUGGAACAAAUACUCAAGCCGUUCCAUUCCCGAUACGUCUACCUUUCCUACGAAGACCAUGACAUCGUCACCGCGAACACCCAGGCGGUCACACACGCUGCGUUUCUGAGCAUGGGCACGGCGUGGCACAGCUCGCUCGCAUACCCCUGGGAGCACGGGCUGUACGUCGGGGGGAUCGAGACCGUCAAGGUCAACAUCAUGCUCCGCAUCUACUCGAACAAGUGGCACGUCUACGCCGGGCUCGCGAUCCUCAACCCCUCCGCGCGCGUGCAGAUUGACCAGUUCGCACGCAGCACGUCCGAGAUCUUCAAGCUCAUGCUCGCGAGCGACGCCGCCGGUCUGCGCACGCGCAUCUACGACGCGCGCCGCAUCGUCUUCGGCACUGCUCCCGACGCUCGCGUCCGCGCCCCGAUCCUGCUCUCCGAGGACCUGCUCGACCGCUUCAGCCUCGGCAAGAAGCCAAGCAGCGGGCUCUCGCCGACGACACGCCAGAGCGCUCCCCCGAAUUCGCACCUCUCGCUGCUCGCGAUGGUCGACUGCUGGGCGCGGCUCGGCAUCAAGCCGUUCGAGCACCUCGACCUCGCCGCGACGCCGAUCUUCCGCAUGUGGAUUGGGGUCGCCGAGUACCUCUUCCGCUCGGAGGCGCGCCUCGACGCUGCGAUCCACGCGGCGCUAUACGAGACUGCGCACCGCGCGGACGACCUCGAAUUCGUGGUCGGGGCGCGCGGGUGGAGCCAGUGCAUCUCGUUUGGGAACUUCGAGCUGUACCGGGAGCGGUUCAUGAACACGUCGGCGUUUUUUGAGAGCCGCUUUGAAGAGGCGACCAAGGUGGGGAGCGCGAUGAUACAAGCCCUCAUGGAUAGUUCUACGGACUUGGACUCGAAACCUCCGCCGUGAGGCUGUUUAUGUCGUUCUGACACAUGUACACCUACCCUCCACACUAUCGAUGUAGUUUCGCGCACGAAUAUUACCAGAAAAC